AUGUCGCAUCAGGCGAUUCUGGCCUCUUUUCUCUCGGUUGCAGGCAAAGCCGGUAAGCUUUGGUCAUUCACACAAUUUGGAACAACUUUUGUCACCUAUGAUCCCGUAACUGAAACCUCAGACCCUAAGUCAGCCCCAGUUGGACGUGCUCAAGGCAUUUACGCAUCUUUGGAGGGGCUCAAUUUGCAUUUUAUGAUCUCAAUUGUGUUCACCAGUGAGGCCUAUAAUUGCAGCACAAUGGAGAUACAAGGUAAUAGUAAGCAAUUUGAGGCUCUUAGAGAGGUGUUCAUAGUGUCUAGGACAGGAAUGUUCAGGUAUGCAAGGGUCUACGCUACAUUCGAGACAUAUUAUUUGGAUAUUCCUGCUGGUCACUCAAUUAUUCGGUGCUAUCUUUCGGUACUUCAUUGCCAGGAAUAUCAUGGAGUAUAG